AUGAAGGCUCUGUGGGUGCCCGUCCUUUGCCUCAUCCUUUCAGUACAGCCGUGCAAGGGUCGCAGUGUGAAGAGCUCCAUCCCAUGCUGGAGUCAGUGCUGCAGGAAGAAAUUUCUGAGCAUGCCUAACACCGGCAUCAGCCAGAGAAACUUUCACAGGAUGGAGCUGAGAGGAGGUUCGGUCAGAGAGCUGGGAGCUUUCAGCACUCAGUUGCUCGAGUCGGAUCUUCAGCUCGCUGACUCUCCCAAGGACGUCAUAGCGGUGCUGAAGAAGCACAAGAAUGAGACUUUUGAGAGCAUCACUAACAAGUACAUCUUAGAGAAGCUGUUGGCAACCUUGACAGAUUUGUGGGAAGAGCAGGAUGCUUGGCAAUGGUUCGGGACUAUCCGAAGAAUACUUGCACGAGUUAGAGCGAUGUGUCGUGGAUGGGAGAAGCCUCAAAGUAUUAGAAGAAUUUUGAUGAAUCUAUCUCAUAUCAUGAGGAUUCUUUCUGGAAAUACGUGUUUCAAACAAGAUUGCCUCGAAAUUCUCCACAUGCAGAAUGCGAUGUGUCAGAAGCUACUUGAAGACAACAGGAAAUGUGAUGGAGAGUGUCUGGCCGACAUUGUUUCAGCGUUGGCUGCUACAGCUUUUGCACAUUUCAACGCAACGCAGCGGGGUGUUGAUGAUUUCCCUGAUAUUCGGAGAGCCUGCAAAGCAAUGCUGCAACGAUUUGUUGACCUUCCGAGUGUUACAGUCACUGAUGUGCGCUUAAAAUAUCUUGAGCCAUCGGACAUGAUAGAUUUGAUUUGGAGCUUAACAACUCCAGUGCAACCCGACAUCGGUCAAAUCAACGUCACUCAAAUCAACAACGAUAAAUUUUGCAGAGUGGCAAAUGAGACGUUUGCUGCACAGAAGCCUAUAUUUCUGUCAUGCAAUCACACUUUGAGACUCCAGAUGAAAGCUAUGAGAAACUGA